AGCUGCUUCUGCAAGGAACACUUUUCGUAGUAUUUUGUUUAUCGGAGAUGGAGGCGCAGGCUGUGAAGCUCUCCGAGGACGAUGUGCCUGGAGCAUCGUUAGGUCGGAAUCCUGAUGGCUCUCAACGCUUGGCAAGUCAACUUUCCGUGAAAGAAUUGAAGCGUUGGCUAGCUUGCCGUAAUGCUCGUCGAUCGGGAACGAAACCUGAAUUGCUGAAAAGAGUUGAAGACUACAUACGUGGUGGCUUGGCACAUGAAAUUGUUGACCCUGAUGGUGGUGUAAACAUUGCUGCUAAAGCUGAGCGUCUGAAGUCCGCAGGUGUCGUGCACCCCAAUCUAAGAAGUGUCCCCCCGUUCCCCACCGAGGGAUGGAAGGAUAAUCUAAGUCAGCUGCCAUCAUUCUCAUUCCGAACCCUGUAUGUGCAUUUCACAGAGCGGACGGUCCAGGAAGUCAUCAGUGGGCACGAGAUUGCAAGAGGUGACGACACUGCUGCUAUUCCUGCUACUUCACAUGCCAGUGAUUCUGCUGAUAGUGCUGUCGCUGCUGAUAGUGCUGUCGCUGCUGAUAGUGGUGUAGCUGCUGAUAGUGCUGUCGCUGCUGAUAGUGCUGUCGCUGCUGAUAAUGCUGCCGCUGCUGAUAGUGCUCUCGCUGCUGAAGUUGAUGACGAAUGGGAGGAUGAUGAUGGGGAGGAUGACGAGGAGGUUGGUGAUUCCGGCACAGCCAAGUACAGCUCGUUCCGUGGAAUAGACAAAGGGUUCAGGUUCUUCAAGUCAGGCCACAUCCAGAAGAUCCAGUUCAAUUCACUGCCUGUCUUUCCACAAUUCUGUUUUGUCCGCUGCGUCGUCCUGCCCUCUUUCCGAAAGGACAGGAAAUACAACGUUCGGAUAUGCUGCACUGCUGGCGGUGUGUCACAUGUCCCUACGGUUCUCACUGCCUAUUGCACAUGCCCUGCUGGGUUAGCUGGUUCCUGUAACCACAUAGCGGGCCUAUUAUAUGCAUUGGAGGACUUUGUAAGGCUUGGCCUGCGUGAAGAGGCAGCCAAAACGUGUACUGAGAAACUGAUGGAAUGGAAUCAGCCCCGAGCAGCACGCGUCAAGGCCAGCAGAGUAACGGAAGUCCACCUGAAGAAGGACACGUAUUCAGGCAGAGAUCUUGUAGAAAAGAAAAAGAGCAUCCCGUUUUAUGACCCCAGGCCUACAAACCGCAGAUUCGUCAAUCCUGAGGCAGUUGCCAGGCUGCGUACUGACUUGGAGCGCGUUGAGGAGAAGGCUCUGGCAGAGGACAAAUCGGGAAAGAUCAAGAUGUAUGGCAGCUCAUGUUGGCUAAAGCUACUUGAACCUUCUCCUGUCCCAAGCCCAGAUGACUCGGAAUGUGACGAGGGCAGCAGCAGUGAGUCAGACAGUGAGCGCCAGAUGGGUGUACCAGAGUCUUCUUGUGAGGCGCCUGUGCCUAUGGCUGCUAUUAAUCCGGAAUCGCCUGCUGAUUUUUAUGAACACCGUGUUGCUGUGUCCAGUGCCCGUGCAGCUGAAAUUGCAAGGGAGACGAAGGGACAGUCAACUAACCUCUCCUGGUACAACGAGCGGCGACUACGAGUGACUGCAACACUUGUUAAGAGUAUUGCAAGCCGACGAAGUGAUGAUUUCUCCACCAUCAUCAACAGGAAAUUGGCUCCACCGCAGCAUCCUACAGCGGCUAUGAAGUAUGGCUUAGCGCAUGAAUGUGAUGCUGUCAAAGCCUACAUCACACGUGCACAGACUUCGGAUGUUCCUGUUCUCGUCGAAUCCUGUGGCCUUUUCAUCCAUCCAACCAAACCAUGGCUUAGUGCUUCGCCUGAUGGUCUAGUCAUGGUCAAUGGCAAACUGCAGCGUGUGGUGGAGAUCAAGUGUCCUUUCACCAUGCGGAAUGGUAUGUCGCUUCGUGAGUUUGCUGGACGGCGGACUUCAUGCUUGACGGAUGUUGAUGGCAAUUUGGUCCUCAAGCGAACGCACACCUACUACUACCAAGUUCAAACGCAGAUGUAUGUUUGCGAUGUGGAGGCUGCCGACUUUGUCAUAUGGUUUCCAGAUGGUCUGUUUGUGGAAACUGUCGCUGCUGAUCAUUCCCUUGUGAAGGAGUUUCUGCCCCGACUGGAGAAAUUUUAUUUCUCGCAUUACCUUCCGGCCAUUCAUGCUGCUCUAAUGUGAUGUUGUUCUUAAUGUCAACACUGGACUUCUUUCGAACUUUCUUUUCCUAGUUACUAUUUUUUUUUACUAGAGCCACGUAAACCCGU